AUGUUCGACGCAUCCCGCGGCCGUGUCGCGGUGACUGUCGAAGGCAAGGGCCUCUCUGUACGACCGGAGAACCUUGCGCUAGCCGAUCGCGAGGCCAGCCUGGUGGCCGCGCUGCAAGCGCUGUGCGUCGCUCCCGGCCCGGGCUGGCAUUCAGCCAAGGAGCUCCACUCGCGGCUACUGCAGCAGAGCGAGUGGGCUGGCGUCUCGCUGCAGGAGGUGAAGCGUGGGUGCACCGUUCUGGCGCAGAGCGCGCCGCCAGCCGCCAAUGGCACGGUUGCGGAUGCCGCCGCCUCAGAGACAGAGGCUGCCGAGGCGGGCGCGGCAGCAGACCCGGCGGCGCGCGUGGCGACGCUGCUCGAGGUGCUACGCGCAUCGCGCGCCGGCAGCGAGGAGCGGCGGGCAGCGGUGGAGGAGCUGCUCGCGCUGCUCAAGGCGCACGGUAGCAGCAGGAGCGUGGUCAACGCGCUGGUCGACGGCGAGGGCCCACAGACGCUCUACGCGAUCGAGAACUCGAUGCAGGGCGACUGGCACACGGACGCCCGCAACGGCACCCUCACGAGGAUCGGAGAGAUCGUGCGGCUGAGCGGCCCGGUCGGACUCGCCGUGUCGCGCUACAGGGCGAUGUCGACGCGAAAGGUGGAGGCGGCAGUGGCCGGCAUGCACGACGGGUGUGAGCACGACUAG